GCACAGCUCGCGCCCACAGCACCAGGACCCGCUCCGGCAGCACCCGCUGAUGGCUGGAGCGCGGUGGCCCCUGCCGGUAUCGGUGCUGGUGGCGUUGGCCGGUUUGGCAGCAGCGGGAGAGCCGGAGGGGAGCCACAGCGACCGGGUGGUGGGUGCCCUGCUGGGAGUGCUGCUCUGCCUGGUGGUGGGGCUGGCCGUGGCCUGGCACCAUCUCUGCCAGCUCUCGGCCGGACGCUACCACCCUUUGCCCAUGGGUCACCGGGUGCUGGUGCUGCUGCGGGGACGCUGGCGCCAGCUGCGGGGACACCAGCACUCCUGCCCUAUAGACGGGGAGGUGGCGGCGGCCGCCCCCCUGGAUGAGGAGAAAGAGUUGAUGCCAUGGAGCCAGGACCAGAGACCGGAGGAUGACGAGGAGGAGGAGAAGGAUGAGGAUGAUGAGCCGGAGGAAGAGCGGGAGGAUGAGGAGGCUGGGGCGAGCCCCCCGGGCGAGGAGCAAGUGGCAGGAGGCAGCGCCGAGGCCCUGCUCAGUGACCUUCACGCCUUUUCAGGGACGGCGGCGUGGGGGGACGCCAAGCCCCACAUCACAGCCCUAUGACACCCCCCAGCCCUGCCCACGGGGGGACCCCUGCCUGUUGCCUUGCCUGGGGGCGGGGAGAGGGGGCCGCCUGCCCCCAGGAGAGCCUCCUCAUUGGCUGCCCCAAUGGAGCAACAACCAAUUAAAAAGAACAGCUGUGCC